UCAACUUCCGGGGAUGACGUGACUUCUGACUGGUUUGUGGCUCACACCUGAUGAGGAUUAACAAGUAAAAGAAAGAAGAUGGAGGAAUUCUCCAUUGGCAUGGUGGAGGCAGCGUUUUUAGGUUCUAGCAUCGCGUUCUCAGGCCUCUCCUAUUAUUUGUACAAAAAGAAACGCAAAGCUGUGGACAGACUCAACGAUGCUCCACAUUUAGCUUUAAAUGGGGAACUGGUGGAUCUUCUGAAUGCCAUACCUGGAAAGUGUCUGCAGUAUGCGGUUGUUGAAGGUACAGUGCAGCCCAUAGAAGAGCCCCUGAGCAGUCAGUUUAAGGAAGGAACUGUUGGGGUUAUUCAGAAACUGCUCCUCCAGGAGCAUAAACUGGUGUGGAAUAGUUUGGCACGCACCUGGAUGGACCUUGAGCAUGUGCUGCUUGAGCGUGUGAGCAGCGUGCCCUUUGCUCUGAUGGGAGUAGACGGAGCACUGGUGCGGGUGCUGCAUCCACUGGAGGCAUCUGGUCCUGAGCUGGAAACAGUACAUGAGAAGUUCCACCAGGCAAAGUACGGGUUUAGUGACCUGCUCAUGCAGUAUUUGAGUGGCCAGAAAAGCAAAGGCCAGCUAGAGAUAGAGGAAAUGCUGAGGGUGGGUGUGUCCAUCACAGCUGCUGGGGAGCUCAUCCUCGAUUCGGAUGGCCUGCUUAAACUAUGCCCCCCGACUAAUGGCUCCACCUACUUCCUGACUACGGCUGACUUUGAGUCACUCCGGCUUGACCAAGAGAGGCAGGCAUCCUACUGGUGGGCUUUCGCAGGUACCUUUGCUCUGGUGGGCAUCACCGUGGUUCUGUGGGCAGGACUUCGCUGUUAUAGGCAGAUCCAGAGGAAAUGGGAGAGAGAGAGGAUGAAGAGGGAAUUUGAACAAAUGGGGGAGGGGGAGGUGGCCCUCCCAUGUGUAAUCUGUUUGCAUAACCCAAGAGGGUGUGUGUUGCUGGAUUGUGGACAUGUGUGUUGUUGCUACAGCUGCUAUGAAGCACUACCUCAGCCAAUAUGUCCAGUUUGCAGGCAGGGGAUCAGGAGAGUCGUGCCCCUCUAUCAGGCCUGAAAAUAAGACGGUGGAUUAAGAGCUCUACAGAACUACUAGAUACUGAGAGAAAGAGGCCAGUGGGAUAAGAUUGGUUAUCUUCUACUAGGCCUCAGAAAAAUCUGAGAAAUGGACGCAAGUGGAAUAAGAGGAAGAAAACCCACAAGAGACAACACAAAUAGAAAGGACAACUGGUCAUGCUUAAAACUGUUUGAAAAAUUCUUUUUUUUUAAAGAUUUUUUUUUUUGCUUUUUUCACCUUUAUUGGAUAGGACAGUGUAGAGACAGGAAAUGAGCGGGAGAGGAUCAGGAAAUGACCUCGGGUCGGACUCGAACCCGGGUCCCCGGAUUUAUGGUAUGGCACCUUAUCCAACUGAGCCACGAUGCCCCCGAAACAUUCUUCAUCAACAUUUUCAAAUUCCUGAAAGGCUAGCAUUUUGAAAGAGUACCUUUCACACUCUGCACUUCCCCCGCCCCUCAUCCUACUCUUGUCUCUGUUCUUGUGCUCUCCAGUUCUCUCAUGUUGAAAGAUUCAGGUUAUUAUUUUUUUUUUGUCUACACUCUGAUGAAACCUCUGAUUAUGAAACUCUGAUGAAUGCUGUUUCCUAGGCAACCAAAUAUGGUCUGUAUCUCCUGAAAGCAUGGAAGCAUAGUCAUUUUAAUCUUGGUGCCUUAAUUUGCACUAGGUUAUGUGUGUUGCCUUAGCAUUGUCACUGGGUCUUUUUUAUUAUUUGAAAUUAGUUGUUUCAGGGGCUGGAAUUGAGCCUAUUUAUUAUUCAUCUCAUCUCAUCUCAUUAUCUCUAGCCCAGGGGUGUCAAACUCAUUUUGCUCAGGGGCCACAUGGAGGAAAAUCCAUUCCCACGUGGGCCGGACCGGUAAAAUCAUGGCAUAACGACUUAAAAAUAACAACAACUUCAGAUUGUUUUCUUUGUUUUAGUUUGGUUCAAAAUAGUACAAGAACAUUCUGAAAAUUGUACACAAAAACUGUACACAUCACAAGUAAACAAAACACAGUGACAAAACACUUCAAAUUAAUUAAAAAUUCUGAGGACAAAAUUGGUGCAAGUUCAAGAACACAAUGCCUCAGUGAUUGGAACUUAGACUUUGUCUCAGUGUUUCUACAAAGGCAUACAACUUUAAGUCACAGACUAUCUGGGAUUGAACAAAAACAAACAACUCUUCUAGGUAUCAAAUACCUCAUUUGUCAUUUCCACAUCUUAAUUCCGAGCUAAAUCACCACAUCAUACAAACUGAAACUGUUCAAGAGGGUUGAGUUACUCCCUGCCUUGUAGGCUACACUAUUUAUUGAUAGAAAAAUAAAAGCUGUGCAAUGCAUAAACAAUUUCAAUAAAACAAACUUAUGAACUAUGAA